CUCCACGCUUGCUUCGCCCCUCGCCGAGUAUUUAAACCCGCCGCACUUCUCCCUCGUCGGCUUCCGGUAAGAGGGAACCGUUUUUUUAACGCCCGCUUGAGACCCACACACACAGCCGAGAGCCCCGAGCUCGAUCGAGGAGCUUCUAGAAAGUUGGGGGAGUUCCCUAAUGGCGUCGUCUCACAUCAUUCUGCCCAAGGAGGAGGAGCAGGAGGAGCAGGAGGCGGGGCUAGGCGUGGCGGUGGAGGCAGAUCACGACUCGCCGGCGCAACGGUCGUACCAGGAGGGGCCCGGGAAGGCGGCGCUGCCGUUCUCGGCGACGUGCGUGCGGAUCUCCCGCGACUCGUACCCCAACCUUCGCGCGCUCCGCAACGCAUCGGCCAUGACGCUCCGAGACGACGACGCCACCUACGUCAAGCUCGAGGAGGGCGACUACGGAUACUUGCUCGACGACGUCCCGCACCUCACCGACUACCUCCCCGACUUAGCAACUUUUCCAAAUCCUUUGCAAGACCAUCCAGCGUAUUCAACCGUCAAGCAGUAUUUUGUCAACGCAGACGAUACAGUACCUGAAAAGGUGGUUGUUCAGAAGAACAGUCCACGAGGAGUUCACUUCCGUCGUGCUGGACCUCGUCAGAGGGUGCAUUUUGAGUCAGAAGAAGUGAAAGCGUGCAUUGUAACUUGUGGAGGCCUUUGCCCUGGGCUCAAUACUGUCAUCAGAGAGUUGGUGUGUGGCUUGUCCCACAUGUACAAUGUCAACAAUGUCUUCGGAAUACAGGAUGGAUACAAGGGCUUCUAUUCGAGCAACUAUCUUCCCAUGACACCAAAGAGUGUUAAUGAUAUCCACAAACGAGGUGGUACAAUUCUUGGAACAUCACGUGGUGGUCAUGAUACCAAAAAGAUUGUUGACAACAUUCAAGAUCGUGGAAUUAAUCAGGUGUACAUCAUUGGAGGAGAUGGAACUCAGAAGGGAGCAUACGAGAUAUUCAAGGAAAUUCGGAGACGCGGCCUAAAAGUAGCUGUUGCUGGUAUUCCCAAGACAAUUGAUAAUGAUAUAGCGGUUAUAGACAAGUCAUUUGGUUUCGAUACUGCUGUAGAAGAGGCGCAACGUGCCAUUAAUGCAGCUCAUGUGGAAGCUUCAAGUGCUGAGAACGGAAUAGGGUUUGUGAAGCUUAUGGGUCGUUAUAGCGGGUUUAUUGCAAUGUAUGCUACUCUUGCAAGCAGAGAUGUGGACUGCUGCUUGAUUCCCGAAUCACCGUUUUAUUUGGAAGGGGAGGGUGGACUAUUCGAGUAUAUAGAAAGGAGGUUGAAGGAGAACAACCAUAUGGUUAUUGUUGUGGCAGAGGGAGCAGGACAGGAUCUUAUUGCUCAAAGUAUACCUGCUGCAGAUCAGCAAGAUGCAUCUGGAAAUAAGCUGCUUCUUGAUGUUGGUCUCUGGUUAACUCACAAGAUCAAGGAUUAUUGCAAGAGCAAGAAAAUGGAGAUGACUAUUAAAUACAUAGAUCCAACUUACAUGAUCCGAGCUAUUCCGAGCAAUGCAUCAGACAACGUCUACUGCACACUGCUCGCACAUAGUGCCAUUCAUGGAGCAAUGGCAGGAUAUAGCUUUACAAUCGGAAUGGUCAAUGGCAGGCAUGCGUAUAUACCAUUUCAUAGGGUAACAUCAACACGAAACAAGGUGAGGAUAACUGACAGGAUGUGGGCAAGGCUGCUGUCUUCAACCAACCAGCCGAGCUUUCUGGGCCAGAAGGACAUCGAUGCGGCCAGAGAAGCCGAUAAGGCGGCAAACAACAGGGAGAACGGAGAGGAUACGAAGAAGCAAUCUUCAUCAUUGUUGGCAAAUGCCUCCAAUGGCGUGGUUGAGGCCCCUGCCCCUUCGACGCCAUCGCAGCAGCCGACGGCCGAAACUCUCGCUCCUCCAUCUGUAGCACCGGACGCGAGGGCACCGGGCUCUGACAAUGCGGACGAGACCGGUGCAGCUGCGGCUCAUCAGGAGGAGCAGCCGAACCAAGAAACAGAAACCGCAGAGGAGGCCGCCGCUGCGAGCCCAACCGGAACGCAUGCGCAGGAGAAACCCACGCGCGGGGCAAAUGUCUCUUCGCCCGCGACACCUCCGGAGACGCCAGAGCGCGACAUGGCGCCGCCGUCGAAAGCCGGAGAGCAUGCACGCGCAGCCGAGAUGGCGCCGGACGUCGACACUGUCAAGCUCGAAGGCUGCACCACGCCGCCGCCACCUCCGGCGCACGACUCCGACGGGUCCGACACGCAGAGCGCCGAUGGCCACGGGAACCCAGUGCGCGGGGAGAAGCCGAAGUCAGAGGGUUCGAGCGUGAAGCGAGACGUGGCUGCCGCGAAGUCGAGUCUGCUCGCGUUCCGGUCCUUCUCGCGGGACAAGAAGGUGAACAAGUCCAGGGACGCGGCGCCUCCGCAAGGGCUCGCGCCGAUGCCUCCGGGAGGAGACCGGCAGGUGCACGGCAAAGCGGGCGAGGAGAGCGCGGAGCACAAGGAGAAGGGCAAGGAGAGGCGGAAAAGGUUUUGGAAGUGAAGGUGGUGUGUGUUUAUGCCAUGCAUGUAAAAUGCAUAGUGGCGGAUUGGCAGUGCACUUCAAUUUUCUCACAUGCAAGUGUCGUGAUAAUUGAUAUAACAUGAGCUUGGAUUUACCGAUCGAUUAUUUCAUGUAAUAACCUGUACAGCGGUUCGAAACGACGAACACACAAUCGGUCCCACUUUGUUGUAUAAUAAUGGUUUUAGUAAAGAAACAUUUUCUUUGAAAAUACAA